AUGUACCGCAGCGGCUCCCGCGCCGCGCUCGCCUCGCACCGGCCCAAGGAGAGCGGCGGGGGCGGCCCGCGCCCCGGCCGCGGCGCGUCUUCGGGCCCCCCGCGCCGCCCCUCGCCGCCGCCGCCGCCCUCGGGCUCCUCCUCGUCGCGGCCGCCGGCUCGCCGGGCCCGCUCGCCCUCGGGCCACCGCGGCCGCCGGGCCUCGCCGUCUCCGCCGCGGGGUCGCCGCGGCUCCCCGUCCCCGCCCCGCGGCCGCCGCGGCGGCUCCCCGUCCCCGCCGCGGGGCCGUCGCGGCUCCCCCUCGCCGCAGCCGCGGGGCCGCCGACCCUUCGCGCCCGGCCCGGCCGCUCUCCGGGGCAGCGGUCGCGGGGAGUCCCGCGCCGACUUCGCCCGCGACAGCCGCGACCAUCCAGGCGACAGCGGCAGCCGGAGAAGAUCUCCUGGUCUGCGUUCUGAUUCUUUGGAACAGAGUUUAAGAAUCACUGUUGGCAAUGACCACUUCUGUGUUGGCAUACCAGAAAGACAGCGGCGACUUAGUGACCGACUGGGGUCACCCGUGGAUAAUCUGGAGGAUGCACACAGGGAUGAACUGAGUAAGGAUUCUGUCUUCACGAGGAGAUCCCAGUGCUCUCGAGGUCUUGACCGGUACAUUUCCAGGGAAGAGGGGCCUCUCAGUCCCUUCUUGGGACACCUGGAUGAGGACUACCGCAAACGAGACACUUACUUGCAUCGUUCUGAUUAUAGUCCCCAUAUCAACAGUAGUGACGAGCUGUUGCAUGGAACAGAACGGGGUAGAGACAAACUGAAAAGUUGCUACUCCACAAGAGCUGAGGAAAGGAGCCGAGAGUCCAAACGGCCCCGUUACGAUGACACAGAGAAGAUACACAGCAUGGGAGAUGAUCACUCAAGUUUUUCAUCAGGAACACGAAACUAUAGACAUCGUCGGCGAAGCCCUAGUCCUAGGUUUCUAGACCCUGAGUUUCGAGAACUGGACCUUGCACGGCGAAAACGAGAGGAAGAAGAACGAAGUAGGAACUUAAGUCAGGAUCUGGUGGGAGUUGAUGAUGGUGGCUCUAGCUGUCCCAUUCCUGGAUUGACAGGUGUCCCACCAUCAUUGGAGUCAGGAUAUUCUUUACAUCGGCCUGAGGAGCUAUCUGUGAUGCCCAAGAAGUCCAUCCUUAAGAAGCGAAUUGAGGUGGAUACAGAGCCUUCCAUGCAGCUUGAGAACUUUCCCUGCAGUACCAGUUGCAGCCAGGAUCUCUCUCUCUACACUGCACGUCCAUCUCUUCCACUAAGUGGCGCUAUUGCUUCUUUUGCCUCAGAUACUGAAACUAACCAGGGCACUGUGGUAGACGCUGGCCUGAAGGACCCUCAGAGCAACCUCUUUCAGUGGGGUCCCCUCCCUGGGCUACCCAAAGAUAACAGUCCUGUCAGCGAGAAAUUUGGGGAUUUCCUGGGCCCGAAAGAGAAAUUGGAUGCGAAGGCUGAAGGACCCGAGCAGCACCCUGACUUCUUGCUUCCUCACGAGAGAGCCAGUCAGGAUGGCAGCGGCUUCUCUCGCAUUCUGAGUCUGUUGGCAGAUUCCACCAGCUCCCAGGAAAAAAGACGACGUAGCUUCCCUGACAUUGAAGACGAGGAGAAAUUUCUCUAUGGGGAUGAAGAAGAGGACUUAAAGCCAGAGUCGCCACCCAAGCCCCUUGGAGGCUCUGAGAGCGAAGUUCUGAGGCAGAAGGCGGCAAGCUGUGUGCCCUCCUCCUCAGCGCCGCCUGUUAAGCGAGAAUCGGUAGAAGAGAUCAACCCAGAAUAUGCCAAGAUCCAUGACUUGCUCAAGACCAUAGGCUUGGACAUCGGGGUGGCGGAGAUCAGUAAGCUGGCUGUGCGCACCCAGGAGCGACUUCACGGCAAGAAGCCAGCACGUGCUCCGGCGGACCGUCGCUCCUCUGGUGACCGGCACUUUCCAGCAGCAGAUCGCUGUUCUUCCGCUGACCGCCGUUUUUCAGCCGAUCGGCGUGCUGCGGAUCCUCACAGACUGGAGAAUAGGGAAGAACACAGUAGUAAUGCCCACCCCCGGGAAGUGUCCUGUCCACAUCCCGUCUCCCCUGUGGAUCCUUACCUGCUCACAAAAAAUGCUGCUCCGUUUCUGAAGUCUGACUGUGCAGCAGGUCAUCUUGCAGGACCAGAGGUGGUUGGCAGUGGAUUUCAGUCUUCUGCUUCUUCGGUUAGGUGUUUGUUGCCGUCAGCGUUAUCCGCUCCCGUUAGACUUACACACCCUGCUUCUCUGUCGCAGUUUCACAUGCCAAGGGCUUCUCAGUUUGCUCCCACUCGGUUGCCUCCGAACUACCAGGGACCUGCCGUUGCCCCUGCCUCCUUCGAUGCCUACAGGCACUACAUGGCAUAUGCAGCCUCAAGGUGGUCCCUGUACCCCACCUCGCAACAGUCAAACCACUCUCUAACUGACCCACACAGGGUGAUGCCAGUUAGCAAACAGACAACUCGUAGUCGACCCAAUCUUCGUGUGAUCCCCACUGUGACUCCUGACAAACCCAAGCAGGAGACAUCACUGCUAGGCCCAAUUCCUGUUGCCCAGGUGGCUAUCCCAUCUCUCAUGAGGUACAACCCAGAGAAGAUCUCUGACGAGAAGAACCGCGCUUCGCAGAAACAGAAGGUUAUUGAAGAGAGAGAAAAGCUGAAGAGUGAUCGGGAAGCUCGCCAGAAGAAGAUGUAUUACCUUAGAACUGAGUUAGAGAGGCUUCAAAAACAGCAAGGGGAAAUGCUGCGUAAGAAACGAAGGGAAAAGGAUGGGCACAAAGACCCACUCCUGGUGGAGGUGAGUCGACUUCAGGAUAACAUUAUGAAGGACCUUGCACAACUUCGACAAGAGUCAGAAGAGGCAGAAAAGAAGCAAUCUGAACUUGACAAAGUGGCUCAGAUCUUGGGAAUUAACAUUUUGGAUAAAUCAGAGAAGUCUUCAAGCGACAAUAAAGUGCCUCCAGAGAAGUCUGGGAAAGCUGAAAGAUCCAAGAGUCCAGAAAAAGUGUCCUCCACAAAUUCCUCUUCCAAUAGCAAGGAAUCAAAGCUAAACAAUGAAAAUUCCCGUGCUAAAACCUCCAAGCGUUCUGCAAGCCCCCCGCUGGCUGCUAAGCAGUCUGACCAGCCUGUUGCUGCGUACGAGUAUUAUGAUGCUGGCAGUCACUGGUGCAAAGACUGCAACACCAUCUGUGGGACCAUGUUUGACUUCUUCACUCAUAUGCACAACAAGAAGCACACACAGACACUGGAUCCUUACAACAGACCUUGGGCUUCAAAGACCCACAGUGAGGCCAAGCAAGAUGCUGUAAAGCGCACCGACAAGAUUACUGUUCCUGCAAAAGGCUCUGAGUUUCUGUUUCCCAUCACUGGAUAUUACUGUCAGCUUUGUGAGGAAUUUUUGGGGGAUCCAAUUUCUGGAGAGCAACAUGUGAAGGGUCUUCAACACAAUGAGAAGUAUAAGAAGUACGUAGAAGAAAACCCAUUGUAUGAGGAGCGGCGAAAUCUGGACCGCCAAGCUGGGCUAGCGGUGGUCCAGGAGACAGAAAGGCGACGUCAGAAUGAGCUUAAACGCAAACUCAGUGAGAAAUCAAAGGAGGAGAAUAAAGAGAAAAAGGCAAAGAUUGUGGAAGAUGUAAACGAGGAUGACAAGAUCUCUGAGGAAUUAGAUGACCAUUUCUCUGAGGGUAGGCAGUGUCCUGAAAAGACGGUCUGUAAAAGGAAGGCCAGCAUCAAACUCCAGCUAAAAGAAGAAGUAAAGAGAGAUUCUCCAGUCUCUUCCUCUUUUGGGAAAUUCAGCUGGAAGAAGCCAGAAAAAGAGGAGGAAAAAUGUACAGCCGUGGCUCCAAGUGUUCCCAAGGAAGAGACUGUGGAAAGCGGGAGGGACAAAGAAGACAGCAGAGCUGAAACUGGGAAGGCAAAACCCAUUAAAAUCCGGCUCUCUGGGAAGACUGUCGUGGCACAGACUAGCCCUUGGACACCUGUUGUGACAACUUCAACCCAGACUAAGAUUCGGCCCAAUCUGCCUAUUCCAUCCACAGUGCUCCGCAAGUCAGGUUCAGCUACAGUGAGCAAACCAGCUCCUCUCAACACCUUCCUGUCGAUCAAGUCCUCUGGGACCACGGCUAAGCCUCUGCCGGUCGUUAAAGAGUCAUCAGCGGAACUUCUUUUACCUCCUGACAUCAUCUCCAAAGCAUUCGGCGGGGAAGAGGUGGUUCUAAAAGGACCUCCAGAGGAAAAAAUGGCAACAGCUGAAAAGAAAGAGCCACCCCAUAUGCCAGAGCAAAUGCUGCCUCCCCCGCCACCUCCUCCUCCGCCUCCUCCUCCGCCUCCCCCAGCCAUACCUCAGCCAGCUGCUCCAACUUCUGCCCAAGUAAGUGCUGCCUUGACUUCGUUGAAGUCGAGCCCAGCUGUAUCCCAGCCUCCCAGCCCUGACUUCCUGGGUCUUAACAUUUUGAACCCAGUGUUGCCGGUAGCGAUCAUGGCCUCAGCACAGUCAGCUGGCAUACCUUCUGAUGAGACAGCUCCUGGGGUGAGUGAGAGCGAUAGAGACCAGGCCGUGUUCUCGGUAUUGGUUCGUCCCCCACCUCCCCUCUCAAGUGUGUUCAGUGAACAAGCCAAAAAAUUGGAGAAGCGAAAUUCCUGCCUAGCCACAGCCAAUGCCAAGGAUCUGUACGAUAUAUUCUACAGCAGUGGUGGAAAGGGGGCAGCAGAGACGAAGCUGAGUAGUGGCUCAUUAGCCAGUGAGGACAAUAGCCCCUCCAAAGCCAGGAGCUCAGAAACUUCUGCCGCUUCUGUGUUGGAUAGCUGUAAAUCCCAAGAGAAGUUCGCUCCCCGUGGCAGUUCGGACUCUAAUCCUUUAGUCAGCAACCCUGAAAAAUCUGUUACGAAAACUCUGGUGUCCCUAGGGAAAUGGUCCGUUGUAGAACAUGGAGACUCAGAAAGCAGAGAUAACAGAUUCAGCUUCCUACAGCCUCUGACAAGGUUGUGCCAGAGCAGGUCUUAUGAAACUAUCGCUCCAACAACAGAUCCUAUGGCCGUUUGGACAGCUGGUUCUUUUGAGAGGGAUGCUAAGAGGGCGGUAUCUCCAGAGGGGAAAAUUGAGUCUGACUUGGGAGAGCCAGGCCUGUCGGGAGUAGAACCAGCCCCUCAGCUGUUAGAUGCUCAUUCUCGCAGCACGGAGCCUCAGAAGUUGGUAGAAACCCACCUUCUGGAAUCUGGUAGCCAGGAUGAAGAAAGCCAAGAGCUCCACAGAUCUAAAGAUUGUAGAGAAAAUGAGCGAGAGACAAACACUGAACUAAAAGAAAGAGGAAAAACACCCUCUGAGAGCGUAGUAGGGGAGGGAACAGAUAUUAAGAGUGGGUCCAGUAGCGUAGCCAACUCGAAUUUAAACCAUGGGAAUAAACACUUGUGGGAGAGAGAAUCACAACAACCCACACCACAAGAGACUGACAAAAACGCCGAGCAAUCUAAGACACUGAUGUCAGGAAGCAAAAUUCAAAGUAGAGUAAGAGUUGAAUUGACUGCACAGUCUCUCUCUUCCUCAAAGGUGCAAAUAGACUCAUUUCCAUCAGAAACUAGAUCUUUACUCCAGACUCCACAAGAUAAAAUUCUGAAAACUGCUUCCCCAGAAUUGCUUCUUCAGUCCCCAGCCAGAUCACCUGUGUGUUUCGUAGAUCGUCUAAAGGAAAAAGAAGUUCCAGCUGGUAAUCAAGAGUGGCCAGAAAAUUCAGUUUCAGAAUCAGCUGCCCCAACCUCUGGAUAUAAAAGCCUCAAACUCGAGCGAGAGAGAUCAAAAGACUUUCAGGGUAAAAUGACCUGUGAACUGCCUGUUUGGAAUGAGAAGAAGCCAGGAAUUUGGGAGAGUCCAGAGAAAUCAGAAGCCGUGGGACUACGAGGUGUCCGUCCUGAAUUAACAGUGACAGUUGAAGGCAAAGCCUUAGACUUUGAAGUUACAGACUUAAAAGUGAAAGAACUUGCAGCCCUGAGGAAUCUGGGGGAUAUGGGCAUUGAUUGUUACAAUACUCGAAUAGAAAACACAACACAUAGAUCCCCGACUGCCCUGUCUCCGAAAGUGUGUGAAGAAAAUUCUCUGUCAUCUGUGGGACGCAAUCCUAGCACUCUGACUGACUUUGAACCAGUCCCAGCCUUUUCUGAAUCUCCCUUAGAUUCUCCCAAAACCCUGGUGCUUAACUUUGGAACAGAAGUUGAACGAAACUCAUCUAAUCCCAGAAAUGGGAGGAUCACCCCUAACAUUUUGAAAACUGGACUUCCUGUAGAAAAUGUUGACCUUGGCUUAGGGAGCCUGGAGGGAACUCACCAGGCUCUUGACUUGUUAGCAGGAGGAAUGAUGCCCAAGGAAGUAGAAGGAACUUCUCAGUUAGAGAAAUCGGAUUCGUUCAGAUUGAAAGCAGAAACAUCUGCUGGCCUUGGACCAUCUCCUUGCCUUCCAGAUCUUGUUGACUUUGUCACACGAACAUCUGUGGUUCAGAAAGAAAAGUUCUGCUCUCCCUCUGAGCCAUGUGACCUUCCUGCGUGCAGUUCCCCAGAGAAUGCAUCUGUUAGAGAGGUAACAAUGCCUCAAGUUGAUGGGGACAGUGACAGCCAUUUGAAUAUGGGAAAAUCUCUGACUCCGACCUCUCCUACGAGAGAGCAGGUAGUGGGAGGCAGUACGAUCCCUCAUGAGAUACCCGCUCGAGAAGCUACAGUUGAUGCCAUUGGGACGUGCAAAGAGUCCCGUGUUCAGAAAUAAUACACAGCCAGAAGAGCUUGUGGGGGAAUCAGAGUAGCUUCUAGACUCAGGCACCCAGAUGCUGCAGGGCACCUGGAACCUACUCGGCUUCUUACGUAAAUGUUCAUGGAAGCUAAAAUCUCUUACCUCCUUUUCUUUGUUUUCUUUUCUUCCUUAAAUACCGGACAAAUCAAUAAUAACUACUUCUAUACAUAUCUGUAAAAAAUUUUUUCUGUUAUUAUUUUUUUUUUUUUUGCCAAUUUACUUUCUCCUUUGUCAUUAAAGUCAAAUAUCUAUCUGGUUCACCAUCUAGUGUGCUUUGAUUGUAUUUUGACUUUGACUCUGCCAUUCUGGAAUGGUGGGUGGGGGGAGGGGAGGGAAACAUCUGGCUUUCCCAAUUGCUGUGUUGUACUCCCACCCGAUUUUGUGGGCAACUGAUGGAUAUCUAGGAAAAAAACACCAAAAACCCUACUAACAUGAAAAACUACUGAUGAAGGAAGGAUUGUUCAUCUCUUGACUUCUAUUUGGAUGAGCCUACCUUAACGCUGUUCAAAGUACAGUGUGAGUAGCUCUUUCGUUUACCACUUUACUUCAUUGUGGAACGUCAACCUGACUUCAUUUUCUUUGCCUGAGACGGUCUUCUUUUCCACAAACGUGUUUGGAAAUGGCCUCAUAAACACA